AAGAUUAAAAAGGGUCAAAAAAUAUGAAAGAAAAAGCAGUAAAUGGGAUUAUUGAAGAAGACAAGAAAGAACCACUUAUGUUGAUGCAAGGUCCAUCUUCAGGAAAUCAUCAAUCAAGCUUAAGAUUAGAUAAUUUGGGACCAUUAGUUGUAAAUAGAGAUGGAACAUUAGCAAGAAUUGAGAAUUGGGAAACAUUAACAGAAAUAGAAAAAAAUAACAUUGAGAGAGUACUAGUUCGAAGAAAUCGUCAGCGUUUGGAGGCAUUACGUUCAAUGGAAUCAGAAGAAGUUAGUGAAGAGUGA